AUGCACCUACGUCCUGAUCAUGCAGUCCGAGACCUCCCAACCCUCCAUGCCUUCAUCAAACAACACCCACUAGGCGUCCUCACCACUUCUCUCCCUUCGGAGAAUCACCCGACCCUCCAAUGCAGCCACAUCCCCUGGGUGUUGGACAGUGAAACGACCCUCGAACCCGAGUUCGCAAAGGAAGCAAAAGUAGCCGAUGACAACACCCCCGCACCGCCACAUCCCUCCAUGGGAGUCCUCCGCGGCCACAUCGCGCGCCAAAACCCGCAAAGCAAAGCAAUGGUAGAAUAUGCCUCUGAAUACAGCACCAAAACAACCAGUAUCCCGGGCGCAUUUCCUAUAACAAGUUUUGUAGAAGAACCAGCGACAUCAACAGGCCACACUCUCCCUGGUGAGGUCUUAAUUGUCUUCACCAGCCCAGUAGACCACUACAUCACCCCGAACUUCUACACAGAGUCCAAACCCGCCACGGGCAGGGUUGCUCCGACGUGGAAUUACGCCGCGGUGCAGGUCUACGGUCGGGCGACUAUAUACCACGACACGAAAGACGAGCAGACCGAGCUAUUUCUACGACAACAGCUGGGUGAUCUAGCCCGGCUUGGAGAGGAAGGAGUGAUGGGAUUUCCAGAUGAGUCUGGGUUGGGUCCGGUAUCUGAUGUCAAACACAGGGAAGAUGGAAGUGGAAUUGAGAAUGGGGAUGGGGAUCCACCCCAAAAUCAGAACAAGAACUGGAGCCCAGAUCGAGGCCUGAGUCAGGGGGCGAAGAGGGCGACCGGAGCUAGCGGGUAUGAUGACGGCUCGGCACUACCUACCCCGACACCGAGACCGGCUUGGAAAAUCAGCGAUGCGCCACCAGAGUAUAUUGCUGUGCUUUUGAAGAAUAUUGUUGGGAUGAGGGUUGAAAUCACGCGGAUCGAGGGCCGGUUUAAGGUUAGCCAGGAACGGCCAGUGAACGAUCGGGUUGGUGUUGUUGAGGGGUUGAAGAGGAUGGGUGGAACGGCGAGGGAGAUGGCGGAGUUUGUGAGGAGAGGGAAGGUUUUGCCUGGGCACUGA